UAUGCCAUAUAUUACUAAGUACACUUCCUUCCCCACAGAUGGCGUGGCACCCCCGCGGUGCCCUCCAAGGCGUGCGUGCGUGGGCGUGCGUGGUUGCGUGCGUAUGUGCGUGCGUGUGGCGGGGGUCGGCGUCCCAGGUGGCCCCCUGCUCCUUCAACCUCAUGUGUACCUGCAGAUAUUCUCCCGACGGACCGAUGGCCGAUCUCACCGUCUCUCCGCCCCUCGACCGCAUCACGGAACUCACCUGUAUAGGUGUGCCCUUCGCCAGGAUGCCAGAUAUCCCUCCCGGCCUGGUGCUCCAGAUGGACCUGGUGAGCUCGGGACUCGAAGUGAUUGCGGAUGGUGACUUCGGUGAUACGAGAGUUGGCAAUCUCCGUCUGAUGUCCAAUAAUAUACGACUCAUUGGCGACAAGGCUUUCAGCGGGAUGAGCCACUCACUCCAGUCAUUAGACCUCAGUUACAACCAGCUGACUGCCGUCCCCAGACAGGCUCUCAGACCCCUCAAGGCACUCGAAUGGAUCAACCUACAUGGGAACCACAUAUCGGAACUCCUGGCGGAGGACUGGUUGGGUCUGCGGGACACCUUGGGAUCGCUCUUCCUGGGGGAGAACGACAUCGACCACGUCCCCCGCGACGUCUUCUCCAGGUGCAAGCGGCUCCUCUGGUUGAACCUGGACGACAACAACAUUCUCACCCUGGAACGUGACUCCCUUUCCAGGAACAUCCAGACGCUGAGCCUCAAUAACAACCUCCUGACGGGGUUCCCCUCCGAGGCCGUCAGCAGCAUGAAGGACUUGACGUGGCUCUUUCUCAGAGGAAACCUCCUAGAUAGGCUUCCAGACACCGGAUUCAUUGUCCAUAAAAAAUUGGAUAAGUUGAAUUUAGGGGAAAACUUCAUUCGGUUCAUUCCUAAUAAUCUUUUCAACGGUUCCCUAAGAGUUCGGGACCUUCACCUCGAUUUUAACCUCCUGACGGAAAUUCAGGAAAAUGCCUUCCAGGGCCUCGACCCAGGGCGUCUUUAUCUGUCGUCUAACAACAUCAACAAUAUAAGUGACAACGCCUUCAUAGGAGGACCAGAACACUCCCUGGUGAUGGUCGACCUGGAGAAGAACAGGCUGGAAUCUGUUCCAAGGGCCUUGUCUCACUUGAAGAGAUUACGCUAUCUCUAUCUCCCCGAUAACAAAAUCUCCACAAUCAAGGAGGAUGCUUUCCGUUCCUUCUGCGAUACGCUGGAGUCUUUGAGUCUAUCCGGGAACCAACUCAAAGCCAUCCCUCGCUCCUCUCUCGAGAACUGCAGCACUAUCGCCCAUCUCAACCUCGGGCACAACCAAAUCACAGAGAUACUGGAAGAAGACUUUGAGUCAUGGGGCGAAAACCUGGACACUUUGGUGCUGAGAAACAACAGAAUUUACACCAUUCCUCCACACGCCUUCAAACACACUCCAAAGCUCCGCGAAUUGAGUCUCUCCUUCAACAGAAUCAUCGACAUUAGUCCCGAAUCCUUUAUUGACAUUCUCAACACUUUGGAAAUUCUGGAGAUCAGCUUCGGAUUUUACAGAGAUGAUUUCCCCGAGGAGGUCCUGAAGCCUCUCACGGCGCUCCAAUGGAUCGCUCUUGACAACAACAACUUCAGAACAAUUUCUGAAACGGCCUUGUACUCUUUCGGUGAACUUCGGUACUUCAACAUGGAUUCCAACCGCCUCACUCACAUCCCAAAGACACUCUUCCACCAAAACGUCCACAAGAACCUCGGCGACAUAAGACUGGCCCUUAACUUCCUGGAGCGGUUGGAGGUUCACACCUUCCACAACCUCGACAACCUGAGAACGCUUGUCCUCACCAGCAAUAAAAUCAAAACAGUCCACUUUGAAGCCUUUAAGUCACUGCCAAAGCUCAAUACAGUGCUUCUCAGCGACAACCAAAUUGAGAAAAUUGAGCCCCGAGCCUUCUCCGAUAUUCCCAGUCUGAUGGAGCUGGAUCUUCAACACAACCGACUGAAGGAAUUCUCUCUGAGUGCCUUCGCCAACGUGUCAGGCUCGUCUGUGGCUCUCGCCGUCAACCUCUCCUUUAACGAGAUCCAGGAGCUGAGUAUAAGCUCUGCCUCCCCGCCACAAAUCAAACGCCUCGAUGUGAGUCACAACUCACUCAAGGAGGUGCCUCUCAACUUCCUCGGGUCCUUCCUCUUCUCCCUUGAGAGGCUCGACCUCGGGUACAACCUCAUUAAGAAGCUGGACAGCAGCGCCUUCGGGGCUCUAGAUCGACUCCAGAUGUUGAGUCUCGAGCACAACGGUAUAGAACAAAUUCGGCCGCGAGCGUUUGCUUCCCUGGAGAAGGUGCAGUUCAUGGACCUGAGUCACAACCACCUGGAGAACCUCCCGCCAGAGUGCUUCACCGACGUCACCUUCCUCAGGAUCCUCGACCUUUCCUACAACCACCUGCGAUCCCUCCCGAACUCCGUCUUCCGCGGCACGCAGCUGGAGAAGCUGAAGCUCUGCCACAACGAGUUCGUGUCCAUGCCCACGGCGGGCUUCGCUGAGGUGGAGACGACGCUUCACUACCUCGAUAUCUCUCACAACCAUCUCGAGCACCUGGAUAGCACCAUGUUCUAUAGCUUCCCCAACCUCAUCGAGCUCAACCUGGCUACCAACCGCCUGACGAUCCUCCCCGACAACGUCUUCGUCAGCCUCACUAGCCUCAUCAGUCUGGACCUCAGCGGUAAUCGCGUCCGAGCCAACUUCAAGGAACUCUUCCACUACACGCAAAACGUCCAGAAGCUCAACAUGGCCGACAUCGGCUUCAGUUCAGCGCCCAUCAUCCCCCUCCCCAACCUCAACUCUCUCAACCUCUCUUCCAACGGCAUGUCGGAGAUCGAGGUCCAGUCGAUUGAGAGCCUCUACCAGCUGAGGUCACUCGAUCUCUCUCAUAACCAGUUGACGCAAGUCCGCUCACGUCUCUGGAGACAUAUGCCCUACCUCAAGUUUCUCGACCUCUCAUUCAAUCCCGUACAGUCGCUGACGAAGGACAGCUUCGGUGGGGCGUCGAACAUAGAGACGCUGAUGCUACGAAACCUGGACCAAAUCUCCAGGUUCGACUACGAUGCUCUCUCACACAUGACCUUCCUGAGGGAGCUCUACAUGAACACCUUCCCAGGCAUUGAGAAGUACAGGUUCCGGACAGGUCACCUGUUAGCCACGGUGCACACGCUUCAGAAGCUUCACCUGGAGGUGCGGGAGAACGCCCUCACCGACCAGAUCACAGGCGCCUUCGGACCCAAACUCAAAGAGCUUCACAUCACCGGAAGGAACCUCAAGGACAUCGACUCUAAGACUUUCAGAGGAUUCCAGAAUAAACACGAACUCUGGCUGAGCAUUACGGACACAUCGAUACAAUCGCUGCCUGAAGGUCUCCUGACGCAGUUGUCAGAUGUGGCCUACCUCACCCUCGACCUCAGCAGGAACCAGCUCAAGUUCCUCAACUCCGACGUCCUCUACGAGAACGGCUCAGACUGGGAGAGUAAAGGAACCACCUUUGUGGCUGGAGGUCUGGCUCUGGAGGGCAACGAGUGGACGUGUGAGUGUUCCCUAGUGUGGCUGGGACGGUGGUUAAGGCGCUGGCUCCGUGAGACACUUCAGAUACACACGGCUAUGUUGAAGGGCGCCCAGCAGGUGCACACCCUGGCGAGAGCUGCCACGUGCUACGAACCAUCUACGGGUCAACAUGUGCCCCUGCUUGACCUCCACUCCGAAGACCUGGGCUGUCACGCCUCCGCCCUCAGCGACUCCGCCCUGGCACCGCCCACAGCCACGCCCACGGCCUUUAUCACAGCCUUCGUCACCACCCUGCUCCUGGCGCCCACCCUGUGGCUUCUCCUCGGCUCCUGAUAGUAAUUGAAAAUGGCUGCAACUUUGCAGGGUGACUCGACUGGGGUGUUGCACGACAUUGGUCUGUGUGUAGGGGUGUUGAUGGAGGGGGG